AUGAAGCGCCAGGCGAGACAGCAAGCAGCUCUGCUCGGAGCUGGUGACGCGCUGGAGGGGGAGGCGCAGGCAUGGGUGAUCAGUGAUCCGCGUGAUGCUCGGUUCGGCGAGGUGCUGGAUGAGCAGGCGUUGGAGAACCCAGCCAGGUGCGUGCACUUACGUCGGAUGGAUGUGAUCUCUCUGGGCGGCACAGAGCGGACGAUCGCGAAGAUCGGCCGCGACGAGCAGGGCGACUGGAUGAGGGACCCGCGUGAGGGCGUUGGGGAUAUCCAACUACUCGGGGACCGCCGCUCGAAGUUGGGCCGUCGCGACGUUGACUUUCGUGACGCUGUCGAGAUGAUGGAGCAGGUUGAGCUGGCGGACAGCCCAGACAUCGGUCCUCGUGCGAUGGGCGAGUACUUGACGAGCGUGCCCGUCGGCACAGGCAACUUGACGGCCUACCAGGCUGAGUGGGAGAGGCUGAGCGGCGUCUUCGCAGGAGGAGCUCAGAACCAUGAGUAUCGUGUCCUGUUGGAAAUCAUCCGCCGCGCGAUCUGCCUCGACCAGCUGAAUGUUAAGAACCUCCACUGCAUGGAGGCGGCGGCGCGCCGGAUCAUGCAGAUCGAGAUGGCGGUAGCCAGGGAUCCUCUGCAUCCCGACUUCUCGGGGCUCGAGGAUAUCAUCUCAGGCCCAGCGCAGUCGUCUGGUUCAGCAUCGGCGCCGAAGUACUUGGAGCACGUGGUUGCCCGCCAGAAGGACCGCGCGAACAUCCAGAAGCAGACGCGACUGCAUAAGGAAGAGCUGGAGCGAGACCGGCCUGGCAGCGACGACAAGGAUAAGCGGCGUCGCGAUGAGAAGGGCGACAAGAAGGGCAAGAAGGACAAUAAGGGCGAGAGCACCCCCCCAGGCCAGCCCAAGUGCGACUGGUGGCCUCGCGGCCAGUGGCUCCACAACGACCCCUUCCCGUUGCCCGUGGCGGAGGUCGAGGCGAGGCCCAUGGGGGCCCCACGCUCUACCAUGCGGCGGUGGAGGGUCAGGUCUGAGAGGCAGCGGCGGGCUUCGGAAGCAAUUGAGAUGCUCAACUACCUCGCCGCCUCGCGUGUGAAUUCAGGAUGCGACAAAGCUCGACGUGUUAGGCCGCACGGAGGUGCCCCGGCAGCAGUGCAGCGCAGCGCGCUAGAGUCGGUCCAGGAGCGGGUCGGCUUCUUCGGGGGCCCUCUUUGCGAAGCGGUGGGCGGCGAGAGGUCCCUCCGGGAGGUCCUCAGAUCCACUGACCAGUACGAACUGGAUCCGCAGCAUUUGGCCAGCUACGACGUCACGCGCUUGCGGGUGUGCAAGGGGGACAUCCGCCCAGUGCCAGUGGCUGAGUUGCUGCCCGCCGAGGCGGCAGGGGCAGCUUGCCUCUCGGAGAUCGACCUGAGCAGCUAUGCGACGUCGCUCGGGGGCUUUGGUGGCGCGUGCGAGCCCCGCUUUUCCGGGGCCGAUGUCAAGGACUGCUUCUGCCAGCUCGCCAACGAGGAGAUGGGCAGCUGGUUCGGGUUCGGCUCGCCGCUGACCGUCGAGGAGUGGGGCCUCGACCUCCAGCGGGUCUGGGACGACGACGUGGACGGCUGGACGCCCGCGCG